AUGGUGAAUAUCUGGAAAGUAGCCACGGUUGUGGUGUGUUUGACCCAACAAGCUUUAGCAGUUAUCCCCAAAGACCGAGGUCAUUUCACUCUGCAGAAAUACACAAAUUCGACAUCAUCAGUCCCUGUAUUUUCACCACCUCCCCCACCACCUCCGCCAUCCUCAUCCUCGGAAACCUCUAGUCCUCCUCCAAGCAACAUCGUCACAGACUCACACACAACAACUCCAACUCUAACGUCGUCUUCCACACCGGUGUCACUCUCCUCUUCUGCAUCGGUGUCCCCAUCGAUUUCCUCUCCGGUUUCCUCGUCGGUGUCUCCAUCAUGCGAACCAACCCCAUACAUGACAUUCCUCCAGCAGAACGUUGACUCGGAGUCCCAUUACUACUGGGCCGUUUAUGUUCCUCCAAGUUAUGGUCCUUAUUCGGUUUCCGUGCCUGAAGCCGACGACUGGUCUUUUGAUGAAGAUUUCUUUAGCCCCUCAGACAUCAAACUAGAAGGCACUAGUGCCGUGUACCAAACCUGGAACAUCUCUUCAACAACCGACGUUUGCGUGCCAGACCUCCAAGAUUACGACUACGAGUUUUUGGCUUCCAUCGUCCCAGGAAAUUCAAAUGACAUCGUUUACAGUGCCAAUGCCACAGUGGUUACCGAAAAGUUUGGAACUUUCUUCCUCGAGGCCACUGGAUCUAUCGGUGCUCACCCAACAAUCAUCGCCUACCAGAACGAGACUUCUGGCUACGGUAUUUUUGAAAUCCAUGUUCCUUCUAAUUACACUCCGUUCGGUAUUCAGGGAGAAAGCCAGGACGCAUGGACUUUUGUGGAAGAUUACUACAACUUCGAUUUGGAUGGAAAUCCCGCAUCUGGAUCGUUCUCCAAGAUCUCCAACACCUCCAUCAACAUGGCUUAUCCUUUGACUUCUGUGGCUGGAAGCACCUACAACGUCGACUUUGCAAUUCGGCCCGUCGGUAAUGCCAACUUUGCCAAGAUGAAGAGAGAUGUGAGUGAAUACGAUGCUACUUUCACCUUCACUGACCCAAGCACUACUAUUUAUCUCAGUACAUCGGUGUCUUUAACUCCAGUGACAAGUUCAUCUGCUCCGUCGACUACUCCAAGCAGUACUUCCUCCUCGGCAUCUUCCACAUCCACCCCAGAGUCUACCGAUGCUCCUACCUACACCAUUAGAUACGAAGGAAACACAAUCCUGGUCGACUUCUCUGUUCCAGCUAGUAUCAUGGAGAGAGGAGGUGUGACAUACUCGUCCUCCAACGAGGAUAACUUUGACAUCUCCAGCGGAGGAUCUGGCACUUUAGCUCAAAGCAACUCCGUCGGAACAUUUGAAAUCGUUGGUGAAGAGGAUGACCCAACACAGCCAGGAUCGUUUGAUAUCUACAUCUCUGUCAACCAAGGCGGAAAAUCCAAGAGAGCAGACUCGUGGUUGUAUAAUAUCAAGCUUAGUGCUACUGCUUCGAGUGGUGUGGUCAAGCCAAGCAGCUCUGCUGACGAAGAAUCAACUUCAACUGCUGGUGUCUCGGUGGUCACCACCACCGACUCCAGUGGAAAAGCCAUUGUGACCACCAUCGUUUCUGGUUCCGAGACCGAGACAACUUCUUCAACAUCUUCUGAGGACGACAGUCUCACCACGAUCGAUGGCUCUGCCAUGACCUCCACUGCAGAUGUUGAUAAUCAUGACUUCACAACAGUGUCUUCUGAGUCGUCGUCAUCGUCAUCGUCAUCGUCGUCGUCAUCAUCAUCGACAACCAAAAAGACGACAAGCCCGACGAAAACUUCAAAGACUGCUGCCACCACGGCCCACACUGCCCCUGCCGGCGAAACCCUAAUUACCAGCUACGGUUCGGAUGGAAGUGAGGUGGUUAUCACCACCAGCCUUCCUUCUGGCGUUGAAGUCUAUGGUACAACCAACUCAAAGGGAAACUCUGUGUUGGCUACCUCCUACAGCUCCGGCUCUGAUGGUCAUGUCACCACAACAUCUGGUAAAGACGGAUCUCUUGCAUACGUCACAGUGACACCUUCUGAGUCUGAAUCGAAGUCAACAUCUAGCUCCGAUACCGAAAAGACAUCGGGUGGUGACUCUGACAACUCAACCAAGAACUCAAACCACCAUUCAAGCACAAUCACUCCUGCGGAUGGCGACUACGUAACGACAAUCGUGGGAACUGACUCUAAUGGAAAGCCUACUACAGUUGUCGCUACGGUGCCGUCUGGCCAAACGGAAGUGUUCACCACCAAUUCUAAUGGAGACUUGACAUUGUCGACUAUAAGUGCCUCUGGCUCCGGCUCGUCGGGUUCUACAGGCGGAAUAUCGAUUUACUCCGCUUGGGCAGCCUCCUCCAAAUCUCCUUCAGCAUUGCUCGGUAUUUUCACCGUGCUGUUCUACAUCUUCAUCUGA